AGGUAAGGUGCUGGUCUUCUCUCCGAGCUCCCGCCAUAGAGAUACACGUUUUGUUUCAUUCUACCCAUUUAGUUUUGCAAAAUUCAAUUGAUGGAGAAAUCAAGCAAACCUAAUUUUUGCGGAAGCAGUGAAGAUGAGAAAAACAGGGAAUGCAUCUAUGGAAGCCUCGACGCCGCAUAAGGAACCUGAAAAAGAGAUAAUAAUGAAGUCGAAUCUGAGAAUAGUUGGGGAACAAAAUGAACAAUUGAAGCAUGAAAAUGAAUCCCUAAGAAUGGACAACCUCUUGGUGGAUCAAAACUUGCAAUUUCAGUCAAAAGAACUGAAUCAACUUAAAAGUGAACUUGACAUAUUGAACCACGAGCACAAGAAGCAAAACGAACUUGUGAAGACACUUUCAGAUCGUCUGGUGUGCUUGUCUGAUCUUCAGAAUAAAAAUGUGGAGCUCAUAAGAGAAAACUUGCUACUGAGGCAGAAUAGCAGCUUGAGUCUUGAGUCCAUAAAGCUUGUUGAGGAGCAUGCAACAUUACAGCUUCAAAACAUGAUCCUACGAGCACAAAAAGAUGCUUUGUGUGGAAAGUUGGUGAGAGACGGGCAGUUAAAAAAACAAUCAAGCAUGAAUAAUUAUCAGGAAUGAAAUUAAUAAUAAAGAGUAAAGAUUUAUUUACAUACAAAUUUUACAUAUUAUAUUUAUAUAAAAGCUUAAUUAUUUAUCUCUUUAUUUUUAAUGGUUGAGAUUUAUUUACAUUUAUUAAAAAUAAUUAUCUCUU